CCCGAACGAAGGUAGUCGGAGCUACUUGACCUAACAAUUUAGGGGUUUUUGCUUGAGGAAAAUUAGGGAUUGUCGGUGCGGGAUUCGGCGGGAAAUCAAACGGAGUAAGAUGAUUUACGACGUGAACUCUCCACUUUUCCGAUCCUUCCUCAGCCAGAAGGGUGGCUCCUCUGACAAGAGGAAAACUGAAGAGCAGAAGCCAAAAGAACAGAGGCCAAAGGCAAAUGAAAAUAAGCCUGUUAUGACAGAAUAACUGGUUCAUGAUGUAAGCUUGUAGCUUGGAUAUGGUUUCAGGUGGGAUACUAGGAAUGUUAUUGGGAAACUUUUAUAGUGCUUUAUUUUGAUCAGCGAAGCGAUUGUCUCAUUGAGCUAAGUGUUUCAUCUCUAGGAUUUGGUACCUUCUUAUAUGAUACCUUUGUUUUUGUUACUGGCUUCAGACGCUCAAGUGCCUUCCACUUUCUUCUGCGAUUAAUAUGCAUAAAGUCAGGUGUUCUUUCUUCU